CAGAAAGAGGGCUUCAAACAUGAAGCUAGGUUUCACAGAAGAUGAACGUCAAGCUAACAGUGUUAGAUAACAUCAACAGCAUCCUGUGUUGUGGAGCUUUAGAGCCGUUAAACACGACGCAAACGAUGCUCUUUUCGGAGCUGUGUGGUCAACUGAUAGCGGUGAGGAACGGUGUCGCUAAUAAACGGCUAGUGUAACGUCACCUCGCGGUUAAAAUACCCGCACCUGCGGCGGUUUGAUCUGGCACCAUGAACCGGACCAAGCUCAAGAAAGCCAAGACUCCUGGCCUGCAGGGUCAGAGGAACAUCUCGUCCUUCUUUUCCUCUCGGAACCAUCACAAGGCCUCGUCGUCUUCCCCAAAAUUCACCAGAGCUGCUCUCGCCAGGACUGAACCUCUGGUGAAAGAUGUUGACGCCUCUGCAUUCAGACCCCAUUCCCCCUUGACGAGGAGUGUCCUUGGGGAACUUGUCCUGCUGUCCUCGCCGGAUCUUCUCUGUGUGCCCGAGACCCCCAGCAGUCAGAUCAGGCCCGCUUCCCCUCCUUCUUCCAGAAGUCCACUGAGCCCCCGGCCCAGCAGAGAGCCGGCGAGCCGGUUUGAGCUCGGCCAACUUUCCCCCAUCUGUCGCAGCCCUCGCUCCAAAGGUCAGCGUGCACGGAGAGAAAUGACCGAGGAGGGAAGGAGGACCAAGCGGGAAGAGGGAUGUUCCGACUCCGUAAAAAGAGUCAUCAGCCUUCAAGAGUGUCACAGUGCCAAGAGGCCGAGAAAUGUCAAUACACGGCCUCAAAGAACUGCCCUCAGCCCCACGGGUGGAGAUCUGAAGGGAGCGAGGCCUGGGAUUUCGAAGACGCCUCAUUGUUCAAGCGACCAGUCUGAGAGGUCAGAGGGUCACCGCAGAGGUACUGAAGUGGUCUUCGAUGAUGACAACAGCUCUUUGGGGGAGCAGAGAAACCACCAGAGUAAGAUAAACGAAUAUGAGACGGAUUCCGGUUUUACUGUGAUAACGGAGCAGAAAGCAACUGCGGUGAAGGACACUCGGCCUCUCAUGGCUCAGGUGCACAGACCUCGCGCUCAGACUGUCGCACCUGCAACGAAGAGAAGUGCAAAGGGCGGAGAGAUCGACCGCAACGAGGCCGGAGCUACGGUAACGGCAACGACCUUAUCGACUGAAGGCGGACACAAUGCGACCUCUUCGGAUCAGGACCGAGCUGCAGAAAAAACAGGAGAGACGCCAUCGUGUCCGGCGGAGGACGUGUUGGACGAGAGCUGGUUUUCAGAGCAGAUGGACCAAAGUGAAGCGCUCGUCAAAGAUGAUAAAUCCAAAAAACUCCGUAAGGUGCCAGACCAUGUGAUCCUUUCUGGAGGCCUAAACAACCGCUACUGGGUUCUAGAUGUGGAGGAGCGGCCUGGCCUCAAAACGCUGACCAUCUCAUGCUCCACAUCUCUCCAUCCAACGGAAACGUGUCUGUUGAAAGAUGGAUGGGACGCGACGCCUGUUUGCUGUGGCGAUGUGGUGCACCUAGAGGGUCGCUCUGACGCUGGAUCGUGGGUGGUGGGCAGGGAGCAGGGCUUCCUGGUUUUACUCCCCGAUAGUCUCAUCUCGGGUACCAGCAUCUCAAACUCCAUCCGGUGCAUGAGGCGUGCAGUACUGGGAGAGAUGUUCAAGAGUUUUGACGGGGGCUCGAAGCAAAUGCUGAACGGCACCAUGGUCCAUGAAGUCUUCCAGAAAGCGGCUACAGCCAAAGAUUUCUCCUUGGAGACGCUGUCCAAGAUGGCUGACCAAGCCCUGUGCCGCCCUCAGUACUUAGGAGACAUGUACAGUUUGGGUGUAAGUCAGGAAGAGAUGAAGCAGGAACUGCAUGAUUAUCUGCCCUCGCUGGAACAUUGGGCAAAGGAGUACCUGAGCUCACCAACACCCAAAGCCAUCAGUUUAAAAAUAUGUCAGGACUCGGCAACCGUUGUCACGAUAGCAGAGCUGGCAGACAUAGAAGAGAACGUGUGGUGUCCGAGAUUUGGCCUGAAAGGGAAAAUCGACGUCACGGCGCGGGUUCGAAUUCAAAAGCCACGAAGCGGCAGCCGCGGAGCGUCGGAGGAGAGGACCGUACCCCUGGAGCUGAAGACGGGGAAGGAGUCGAACUCGAUAGAACAUCGGAGUCAGGUGAUUCUUUACACUCUGAUGAGCUCAGAGAGAUACCAUUCUGAAGCCGGCCUCCUGCUUUACCUCAAGACUGGCAACCUGCACCCUAUAGUGGCCACACACAUGGACCGCAGAGAGCUGCUGAAGCUGAGGAACACCCUGGUCCAUCACAUUCACACCUGUGUGGAGAAACAAGACAAGCGUAGCCGUUUGUCUAAACUUCCCGACAUCCUGACAGACAGACGGACCUGCCAGUAUUGUCCUCAGCAGAGAAACUGUGCUUUGUAUGAGAGGGCGCUCGAUGACGGGUCCGCAGACGACUGCGAGGACGUCGUGCGUGACUUCCUCCAGCAGGAGACGGGUCACCUGAUCCCACCGCAGCUGAGCUACUUCUCCCAUUGGCUGCUGCUCUGCUGCCUCGAGGCGGCCAGCAUGGAGGCCAAGAAUGGCCGAAAGCGAGUGUGGCUUCAGACGGCGGAGGAGAGUGAGAAGACUGGGAGCUGCGUGGGCAAUGUGCAGGUCAGUGGGCCAGUGACCGCGCAGGCUGGUGGUGUUUUCCUCCAUCGUUUCCAGCGAAGCAGCGCGGCGCCACAGGACGGGUUGGCCAGCAGUGGAUUGGCCGUCGGGGAUCGCGUCGUCGUCAGCGACCAGACAGGUCGACUGGUCGGCUUGGCAACAGGAUACCUGUGUGAGGUCAGCGAGACGUCGAUCGGCUGCACGCUGGACAGAGACCUGUCCAAGUUCGGUGGCGUGUUGUUUCGAUUGGAUGGCGAUGAAGGCGUGGUGGGCCUCAGCACUCACCUCACCAAUCUCUCCCGGCUGAUGGAGAACUCUGGGGACAGCGAUCGUCUGAGGGAGCUGGUUGUUGACCUUCGACCUCCAGAGUUUAUUGACAGCCUGAGUUCUGUUCUGCCAAUAGCCGCCAAGGACACGGUGGCCAACAUCCUCAAAGGUCUCAACCACCCCCAGAAGCAGGCCAUGAAGAAGGUGUUGUUAUCUAAAGACUACACGCUGAUUGUCGGCAUGCCAGGCACGGGCAAAACCACAACCAUCUGCACCCUGGUUCGCAUCCUUCACUCCUGUGGCUUCAGCGUGUUGCUGACCAGCUACACCCACUCGGCGGUUGACACCAUCCUGCUGAAGCUGAAGCGCUUCCGAGUUGGGUUCCUGCGUCUCGGGCAGGGGCAGAAGGUCCAUCCAGACAUCCUGCCCUACACGGAGGAAAGCGCCAGAAAGAAGGGAGUUCACGCUCUGUCCGAGCUGGAGCAGCUGUAUAACAAGGAGCUGGUAGUGGCGACCACCUGUAUGGGCAUCAAGCAUCCCAUCUUCACACGUCGCCGGUUUGACUUCUGCAUCGUCGAUGAAGCGUCACAGAUCAGUCAGCCCAUCUGUCUGGGACCGCUGUUCUACGCCAAGAGAUUCGUCCUGGUGGGAGAUCACCAGCAGCUGCCACCAAUAGUACAAAAUCAGGAGGCGAGGUCACUGGGGAUGGACGAAAGUCUUUUUAAGCGUCUGGAGCUCCACGGUGACGCAGUGGUCCAACUCAAUGUACAGUACCGGAUGAACAGGCAGAUAAUGUCCCUCAGUAACUCCCUGAUGUACGAGGGUCGGCUGGAGUGUGGAUCGGAGAGGACGGCCACGGCGCUGCUCGCCCUGCCCUUCCUGCGCUCGGUCCAGUCGGAGCUUACUUCCUACGCCGAGUCCCAUCCGCAGCACGACCUGGCCUGGAUUCAAGCCGCAUUGUUGCCCAGCAGCCCCGUUUGCUUCCUAGAUUGCUCCAUGGUGCCGGCACUGGAGUGUGUGGAGAACAGAGGUGUUAGCAAUCACACCGAGGCGGCUCUCAUACACAGGUUGCUUUCACUGCUGAUGAAGGCAGGGUGUAAGCCCAGUGAUAUAGGAGUUAUCGCCCCCUACAGGCAGCAGUUAAAGAGCAUCUCUGCCCUGCUGCAGUCCUCUGUGUUCAGCGGUGUGGAGGUGAAUACGGUGGACAAAUACCAAGGGCGGGACAAGAGUGUGAUCGUAUUUUCUUUUGUCAGGAGCACUGCAGAUGAAGGAAAUUUGGGAGAGCUGUUGAAGGACUGGCGCCGCCUCAAUGUAGCCAUCACCAGGGCGAAACACAAGCUGCUGAUGGUGGGCUCCAUCACAACGCUACGACGCUACGCACCUGUGGAGAAACUACUCAACCACCUGCAGCAAGGGAACAUGAUAUCCUUUAACUACAAAUUAACCUUUAAUUCUGUCAGGGCUGCAACAACGAAUCGAUAAAAUCGAUUAUUAAAAUAGUUGCCAGCGAAUUACAUUAUCGAUUCGUUGUGUGGCGCGAUUAUUACGGUAUCAAAAUUAUUUAUUUUUUGAGUAUCAAAAGAGUUGAGUUGAGCGCAGACUGACGCAGGAGAAGAAAGAGCGGAGCGGAGGGAGAGCAGAGACAGAAAUAAUAUAUAGAAUAAUUAUCAACAGAUUAAUCGAUUCUCAAAAUAAUCGUUAGUUGCAGCCCUAAACUCUAGUAAUGUAUUGCAAAUGUCGGUGGAGGCUACAAGACUGCUUCUAAACCGCUUUUUAAUCAUUUAACCUGUGUUCUUGUUGCAUGUCGUCAUAGAGAACAAAACGUUUUGCCUGAACCCUUACUCCACAUUAUCCAGCUCCCGCCAGCUGCCCACACAGCCUUACCGAGCGUGUUCCUGUGAUGGAGCCGCUGGUGUUUCGGGUCACCUGUCUGCAGAGCAGCCAGCCGCCGUGGGUCACCUCAUCGGGGCAGAGGUCCUGUGGUUCUGUGCCAAUCUGCAAACUGAAUGACCUCAAGGGUGGGAUCAGAAGUCCUUGCUCUCUUGUCCAUCUUUGAACUAAAUAAAUAUAACAAUAUUG